AUGGUGUCUUCCCCGGGAGUCGGUGCUUCCCGUGAUGGAAAUAGUAAUGCCGCAGUGACAAACACAUGGCUGCGGAGCGGCGUGCCUGCAGCGUGGCUUUUCCGCCCCGGCUGCAUUUUGGCCUCGCUGGGGAAAGCAAAGCGAGGCCUGGGGUAUCGUUUAUUUCUCUUCCUUAUCUCCAUAGUAAUAUGCUUUGUUGUGACCAAGUCCUUCCUGCUAUUGCCCAUCUUUCUGAUGGGCAUGAGGUACUACUUCAGUAGAAAAGUUAUCCUCCACUAUCUCGAUUGUGCGCUGCAUACGGACAUGUCCGAUAUUGAGCAGUAUUACAUGAAACCGCCAGGCUCCUGCUUCUGGGUCGCCGUCCUGGACGGCAACGUGGUGGGGAUCGUGGCGGCACGGGGCAACGAGGAGGACAACACGGUGGAGCUGCGCCGCAUGUCCGUCGACUCCAACUACCGCGGCAAAGGGAUCGCCAAGGCCCUGGGCCGCAAAGUGCUGGAGUUUGCCAUGCUCAACAACUACUCCUCUGUCGUGCUGGGAACCACGGCCGUGAAGAUGGCAGCCCACAAGCUCUACGAGUCCUUGGGGUUCAAGCACGUGGGUGUCGUUGAACAUUACGCCCUGCCAGGGAUGACGCGCUCCUUACUGGAGAGAAUGUUUUUCCAGCUCCGCUACCAUCGCUACCGCCUGCAGCUGCGGGAAGAAUAAAAAAUCCCAACCAACCAAACGAGAAAAAUUUUUUUUCCCUCCUCUUCCCCCUUCAAAAAUAAUAAAUUGCCCUUCUAUUUCUCGUC